AUGGACUUCGAGCACUACGGUGGACAGAGCGCAGACCAGCCCAAGCGACAACGGCGACGACGACCUAAUGCCGCCAGAAGGCUGUUGCGCAAUAAGGCGCCUAUCUCGGCUCGUUUGACGCUGGAUCCCCAGCUGCGUGGGAAUGUCGGGAUUGUUUCCGACGAUCUCGUUAAUGAUCUGUUUCAGUACCGGGAGGUGAAAGAUGGCGAAGUCCUCUACGUCGCAGUCUCCCCGUAUACCCCGAGUUACAAUUCCGUGGAGGAGCUAGCCUGGACCAUACUUCCGGUUCGAGUACAUCCGAGAGAAUCGUCUUAUACCGCGCCUAUUUCGCACUCGACCGUCGUUUUCCCUGAUUCGGCGGAGUCGUUGCAGCCGUUCCUUCAGGCCCAGAGCAGACUGGACCCUACGCGUCACUCGGUUCAGACACAGCGUGUGAUUGAGAUUCGGGUGUUGGACGUGGUGCCGCUACAAUUAGAUACGGUGUACGUGACGGUGGAGCGGAAUCUCGUUCGGAACCACGAUGACGUGCAGAACAAGUUUGGUGGCGGAUUCUCGCCCAGCAUCCAUGGACCAAAUGGAUUAUGGGCCAAGGCCGCGAAGGGCAGCGAGGCGAAACGAUAUUCGAAGAAGGCGGCAGCUGAAGCUGAGGAGCGACUGACUGCCGCCGUGCGUGAAGCUCUUGGUGCGCAAAAAGUGGUGCAUACUGGCGCGGUGCUGCCGCUCCCGCUGCCACCGCAUCCGAUCACCUAUGCGCCACCACCUCCCGUGCACAUUUCGUUCUGCGAACCCGUGUCGCAGGGUGUGUUGGUGCCGGAAACCAAGAUUGUCCUUAUACAGGCGCGAGCGCAUGGAACCCGAUCGCAGAAGAGCUUGUCGUCAACUUCAAGCCUCAAGCAGGUCACAGAAGAUGAGGCGGAUGAUACUUCCAAUGAACAGUUUUACUCUGCUGCUGAAGAGAAGGGCAAUGAGAGUGGAACGGAGAUGGAGAGUACUUCUCCACCAGAUGAUUCGGAGACAGAGGGCUCUGUUGGCACCGCAAGCGAUACAUCCGACGACUCUUUGGAGGAUAUGAUUUCCCUUUCAGCGCCGCAGCUCCCGCAACCGCCGUCGGGAAUCGCAUCCUCAAUGACAGGUGCGACGCCUCGUGCAGGCUCCCGCCGUGGAGAUGGUGUGCAGACACCGGGAUCAGUUGCGUCUAACUUUACGUCGACGACCAUGCGUCCUGGCGGCCGCAGUGGUAGCGGCGGCAAGGUCUUCAAGGCAGAAGGUCUUCUACGCUCGAUACCGCUUGAACUACUACAUCCCAGACCUCGCGAUGACGAUGAUGUGGACGCCUUCGUCUUCGUGGAUAUCAGUGCGCUUGCCAAGAUUGGCUGUUUCUCUGGAGACUGGGUCAGAAUCGAGGCUUCCGAGGAACCGCAAGCAAACAUCUUUGCUUCCAUCAAGCUUGGCAGCUUUAACGAGCAGGAGGAGGACUCUGGCGAUUGGCGUGCCGUGAGGAUAUACGGUCUACCAGGUCUUCCUUCCGCUAAACCGCGGUAUUCGAUCAACCAGUCGGAGCGUCGUGGAAGCUUCUCCCAACGUCUUCCAGUUCGCUUGACCCCGUCGGUGUACGUUCCGCCAUUGCUCCUCAACAAUCUCGACAACCCAAAACACCUCCGUAUUUCUCGCAUGAACUUCGCUUCCGCCAACGGACCAUCCAAGCCCGGUCUUUUGCAUCAGGUGAAGAGCAGCUCGAUAAGGACUCCGCCGUUGGCAAAGGAGGUGACGUUGCUUAAGGUGUCUACUCCACUGUCCAUGGACCGUGUUCUUCAGCCAGCCUUAUUUGCGGGACUUAAGCAGUAUUUCGAGUCUGCGCGACGGUUGUUAAAGAGCGGUGACCUCGUUGGUAUCAGUGUCGACGAGGGUCUUGGUAAAACCGUCUUUGGAGGCGCCGCUGCGACCGAUGGUGCGGCCCAGGAUGACGAUCUGACUACCCGACUGGGUCAGGUUUCAGGUGCAAACAACCCAGGGUCGAGAAAAGUUGGUGUUGCUUGGUUCCGCGUGGGCCAUGUAACCGCCAGUUCGUCGGAAGACGAUGAACCAACUGAAGACCAGUGGGGAGGCGUUGCCGUUAUUGACACAGCAAGCACAAGAAUGGUGCAGGCAGGAAGCGACGUGAGCAGAGUCCCAGGCACGAUGAACAACGGAUGGGAGUAUUGGCUUGGAGCCAAGGGGAUACCUAAAGCCAUUGGUGAAUCUUUGACACCUCAUGGACUCCUUACGGAGUCACCGCAAUUGUUCACUCCUCCUUUGCAGCAGCGGAUCCGCGAUCUCAUGUCUGCCGCGACGAGUUCUCGCGCAAUUAAGCUUGGUAUGAAGCCUGUUGUCAUCUUGCUCCGGUCACAACAACGACACAUCGGAAAAGCAACUGUGGCGAAGCGAGCUUGUUCGGAUAUCGGAUUACAUACUUUCCCAAUUGAUGCCUAUGAUAUCCUGACCGAAGGCGGAGCCAACGGAGGCGAUGUCAAGACAGAAGCUUACCUGAAAGCUCGUGCGGAGCGUGCCUUCAACUGCGGACCAAGCUGCACGGCACUCUUGAUCCAACACAUUGAGGUCUUGACGGCCGAUCGGAUUGUGACGGCGAUGUCUGAGAUCGUUGCGGAUGCUCGGGUCGUGAUCGCAACGACCACUGACGUCGAGCAAAUCCCCGAAGGCAUCCGUAGCAUGUUCACGCACGAGUUUGAGAUGACUGCGCCGGAAGAAAAGGAGCGUGAAGGUAUCCUGCAGAAUGCCGUUGCCGACCGUAGUAUCAAGCUGUCACCCGACGCGGACCUGGCUACUGUUGCUCUGAAGACUGCCGCGCUAGUCGCUGGUGAUUUGGUGGACGUCGUCGAACGAGCCUGCGCCGCGCGUGCUGCCCGCUUGGAGAAACUGGCAGAGACUGCCAGCACGAGCUCUUCCGAAACCAAGAUCAACAUUCGCGACGUCGUCAUUGCCGGCGGUGAUGCCGCGCGAGGCGUCACCAAAGCGGACUUUGAAACAGCCGUGGAAGCGGCAAGAAAGAACUUUGCCGAUUCGAUUGGCGCACCUAAGAUCCCCAACGUCAGUUGGGAUGAUGUGGGUGGCUUGGCUACCGUUAAGGAUGCCCUUGUGGAAACCAUCCAGCUGCCACUGGAACGCCCUGAGCUGUUCGCCAAGGGCAUGAAGAAGCGCAGCGGUAUCCUGUUCUACGGACCUCCGGGUACCGGUAAAACACUGCUGGCCAAGGCCAUUGCGACCGAGUUUUCUCUGAACUUCUUCUCCGUCAAGGGCCCAGAGUUGCUGAACAUGUACAUUGGUGAAUCCGAAGCAAACGUUCGCCGGGUUUUCCAGCGUGCUCGCGACGCCCGUCCUUGCGUCGUUUUCUUCGACGAACUAGACUCCGUCGCCCCGAAGAGAGGCAACCAAGGUGACAGUGGGGGUGUCAUGGACCGUAUCGUGUCCCAGCUCCUCGCCGAACUUGACGGCAUGAACGGCGGUGAGGAGAACAGCGGCGGCGUCUUCGUCGUCGGCGCAACCAACCGUCCUGAUCUUCUGGAUACCGCACUCCUCCGUCCCGGUCGUUUUGAUAAGAUGCUCUACCUGGGUAUCUCGGACACGCAUGAGAAACAGGCAAAGAUUCUGGAGGCGCUUACGAGGAAAUUCACUCUCGAUCCGGAAUUGUCGCUGCAGCGCGUUGCGGAUAGAUUGCCGUUGACGUACACCGGUGCUGAUUUGUAUGCGCUGUGCUCGGAUUCUAUGCUCAAGGCUGUUACGCGGAAGGCGCUCGCGGUCGACGAGAAGAUCCGGCUGUUACCUGAUGGACCUGUUAGCACGGCGUACUUCUUUGACCAUCUGGCGACGCCGGAUGAUGUUUCUGUGAUGGUUACGGAGGAGGACUUUACGGAUGCGCAGAGCGAGCUUGUUCCUAGUGUUAGCGCCAAGGAACUCGAACACUUCGAACGCAUCCGCCAAAGCUUCGAAUCCGUCGACAAAAAGAAACAAAACCAACAAGAACAACACCAACCCCAACAAUCCCGACCCGCGCAAACCAUUGGCGAAGCCCUCGAAGCCCUCCGCCUAAGCGGCGAACAACCAAUCCUCGACGGCACCGAUGGACCCGUCGUCAACGGCGAUAGCCACCUUCCACUGAACAUGGGCAAAGGCAAAGCACGACACGGGAAAGGCAAGGGGAAGGCGAGGAGUAAGGCAGGGUCUGAGGUUGACGGGGAGGUAUCUGAUGAGGAGUCGAUUGGGGAGAAGGAGGAUGAGGAUUAUGUGGUGAGGACUGAUCAUUUACAGUAA